CCCAUUAUGGAUUGUGCUUAAAAAAAACAAACCCGUUGAAAGUACUGGAAAGAUUCCCAUUGACAUGAAUGGUCUCCUUGGGUCAGGUCCUUUCUUGCAUAAACAUAACCCAAGUUCAAAAUACAGAAGACAGCUUUACAUCACUAGUAAAAUACUGUACCAAGCAAUGUAAUUAUGGGUGCUCAUAGGCAGAUUGCUCUGCAUCUGCAUUGUCUGUCAUUGCGAUCAGAGGUAGAGAGCCUCAGUGCUGUUUAGAGGAAAUAUUUCUAUAGUCUCUGCUGCUGCCUGAUUGCAUACUUCUGGUUCCAAAUAAGGUGUGUGGUUGACUGGCCAGUUCAUAACUCCGAGGUUCUUUAGUUAAUUAUGGUCUUUCCUUUGAAUCAACAUGAUGCUAAAUGUUCUGCUGUCAUGACUUGGGUGCCCUGUGCUGGAUCUGUUGCCUUCAAAAAAGCUUUUACUGCUCAAACAGCAGAAAUCAUCACAAUGAUACUGGGUUGGUUAGAGAUUAUGAGUUAGCUCCUCAAAUGACUCAGUCUUUGCUAGAUUCCACUGGGUGAGAGUCAGUGCGGUGAUGUUAACCUUGAAGGGAAAGAUAAUCAGAGGCUAUUUGUUUUACAGCAGGUUUCUAAACAUGUACAAUGGUGUUCCAAGUAGUUACAGCCUCUGGAAUUAUCUUAAGUGCCAGGUUUGAUUCAUUUUGCCUGGGGGUAAAUUGUAGACUCUAGGAGAGUGGUUGAAAUAUCCAACCUGAGUGAGGCUAAGGUAUAGAGGACACAAGGAGGCCUAAUUUUCUACGACUUUGCACCAGUUUGAUGCCAGUGUUACACAGUUAAUUUCAAGUGUUAAUUUUUAUACUUGGGUAAAUCUGGUGUAACUGAGGGGAGAAUCAGGCCUAGAAAUCUGAACAACCUGAUGAAAUGAAUAGUGUUCAGAGGUAAUUCAGACAUUGAGUGAAGAAUCGUACAUUUCUGUAAAGAAGUGUUAAGGUGUGAUUCUGUGCAUGUUAUAAUCUUGUAACUGAAAAUGGCUCAUUGACAAGGAGGAAGGAUGGUCCAGUGGUGCGAGUGUUAGCCUGGAGCUUAGGUUGGAUUCCACGAGGAGCAUGGAGGACAAAGAAUGACCUGUCACAGGACAGUCGAAAAUGAUGCUGCUUUUAUGGUGACAACGUACAACGGACUCAGAUGGUAGUGAGGAAAAUGGGUUGCUACAGGUGCCACUAGGAACAGGAGAGUCUAAGGCUAAAUGAGACUGGAGAGAGCUGGGUUCCCAGCUCUGCCACGAACUUGAACAGUCAUUGGGCUGGAGAGAGUGAGAAUGACCCUGUGGCCCAGUGGUCAGGGCAACCUUGGGUCGAGUCCCCCUUUUCGAACAACUCUUUCAUUUUUUACCCACAGCGGGACAGCGUCAACAGGGGAGCCUGAGGGUGAUUAGUGUGCUCCCCUGAGAUGUGGAAAGUCCCUGUUCAAAUCCUUGCUCUCCCUGUGGCAGAGAGGGGGGAAUUGAACCUGGGUCUCCCCACCCCAGACGACCGCUCUCCCCAUGGGCCAAAAGUUGUAAGGUGAGGAGCAGCCACUUCUCCUUCACCACUAGCGGCUGCCACCGCUAGGCACUUACCUGUAUGACCAAGACAGGGCGGGACUUAGUGCACACCUUGCUGGUCAGUAUCUGGUUUAGACAGCUUCCCAGCUGGCAUGCUGGCUUUUGUGGCUCGCGCCUCUCUCUCCCCAUUCAUUGCUUAGAGAGCCUGGGCAGCUGACUUGUUUUUGUGGAUCACAGUGAUGCUCCUGAGUUUUCUAAGCACCUAAAAGUUUGGUGUUGCGAUGUUGAGCAUCACAAUACCUAAGUACCCUCCUGCAUCCCUUCUUCUGUGCCUCAAUUCUCCAUCUGUAAAGUGGGGAUAGUCGCACUUCCUAGGAGCAUUGUGGGGAGAAAUGCACUAGAGAUUUGAGGUGCUCAGAUGCUGUGGUGAUUUGAGCAAUGAAGUAGGUAGAUUUUUAAGGCCAGCAGGGACCGUUAUAAUCUAGUUUGCCCUGCUGUGUAAAACAGGCUAAAUUCCCCACUAGGACUGUCAUUGAUUCCGCUGCAUUGCUAUUAGCUCUGGUAUAGACCAGACUCUGGUGGCUUCCGGAGAUCUUACCAUCUUGUUAGUUCAAUAGGAGUCUCACUAGUGGUAAUGCUGCUGUUUAACUGGUUAUAGCAUCUGGCAUAGGUGAGAUCUUACAGAUUAACAGGGUGGAAGGGAAGGAAAGGGGGAAGCAAGCUCCCCUUGCAUUCUCAUCCUCCUGGGUGACCCACCAAGCGAGCUCCUUUAGCCCCUCUUCCCUCCACCUCUGUUAUUUCGCUUUGAAAUGCUGCCGCCCUCAGCACUUAGCAAAUCCUUAUUUCUCUCAAGCCCUUGUUCCACCAUGGGGUUCGAUCAGCAUGCACAGGCUGCUUUGACUAUCAGAGUCUGUGGGUUUGGAGGCUCUUAAUGGGGGCUCUGGGUUUGAGCUGCUCAGUGGCGGAAAGAGGCACUGCAUUGAUCUGAGCUCAGAGGUGCUUUAAGAGGGCCUCACUCUCUUAAUUAUUAAACCCUUGCUACCUUGUGGGAGUGUUUCGAUAAAGAGACCUCUGGACUCUUGAGCUCUCCUGGAAGAGCAUUCACUUGUGCGUUCUCUGGAGGAAGACACAACUGGAAGGUAAUUCCAACCCCUAUCCCCUGUGACAGGGUGUACAAGUCAUUCAGUGCCUCCAGCAGGGUACCUCAGCCUUGCUACCUCUCAUCCCAGUGAUGGCCCAGCUCUGAAUCAGACAGUGGUGUGGUUUUCCUGGGUAAAUUCUCAGCAGGGAGAGGCUCCGUGUGUCGACGCAGUCAAGCGUCACUAAGCCUGCCAGGGCUCAGAUCCUCAAAAGGCUGAGUUACUCUCAUGAGAGGCAGAGACAAGAGUUUUGCCAGCUGGAACCCAGAACAGGGCCUGCUUGAGGCAGAAGAGCUGCCAUGUGUCCAUUGUUUGGGGUUUACUGAUUGCUAAACUGCAUGAAGGGAAUUUGGCCAGAGACAUGGCUGGGUUUUCUGGUUUUGUUUGUCUGGGCCGGCUGUGAAUUCUCCCUCCAGCUGCUCACACCCAACUCUUUAUUGUGUUGGGGGAUAAAAUAUCCUUUUUUUCCCUCGUAAACAGAGACCAUCUCACAAAAUAGGGUGGCCACUUCCUCUGUGGGAUCUGCCCCCGAGUGUAUUCAGGCUGAUGCUCUCUUGAACUCUGCUUGUUAUGUUCCCUGUUCAGUUGAUCAAUUGUUAUUUCUGAGCGCAUGUUCACAUACCACAUUACUUCCAUGGCAAGCUACGGCAUGAUCUACAGUGCACCAGCAUGCUGUGCAGCAGCUUGCCUUGUGACCACAGCCAUGGUGCAAUGACAGUCCCAGAGUGCUGCAUUCUAGGACUUUCACUGUGCUGUAGCGAUGUCCACAUGGUGAGGUGGUGGAAGUGGGGUGCUGUGGUGCCGGACUCGCACCCAGCAAAGCUGGGCUUAUUUCCUAGCUUUGCCACAGACUACCUUUGUGACCUUGGGCAAGUCACUUAGCCACUCUGUGCCUCGGUUUCCCAUGUGUCAAGUGGAGAUAAUAGCACUUCCCUGCCUCCUGGGGAUGUUAUGAGGUCACAUUAAUUAAUAACGGUGAGGUGCAUAGCUGCUGUGAAGAUGGGGGGGGGGGCAUAAACAUACCUGGAUAGGUUAUGCGUGAAACAGGGCUCUCUCUAACUUCCUCGGGGUAGUGACGUUAUAGUGUCCCUCUGGUGUUUGUCAGACACACACAGUUGUUCAGUGCUGUUCUUGGAGCUCCGAUGUCAGCUGCACUAGCAGACAGUGCAGCAUGUUGAUCCAGCAGACCUUGAUGUUUGCAAAGAAAGACCACAGCUCAGUUCGGUGGUGAAGGCACUCAGCCAGGUUGGAUAUGGCUGGCUGAGCGACUGCUAAGAGACAGCGAGGGCCAGACAUGACCUCAGCUCUCAAGGCCCUGCCCAACAUCCAUAGAGCCUGCGUGAUCUCAGCCUGUCGGGGCCAAGCAUCUCACCCGCGCAGUAUGUCCCUCUGGGAGCAUGGGCUGCACCUCUUCCGCAGCGCUGUGGGUGUCGUCCUGCCGGCCCCCAUGCUGAGAAGGGCCCUGGUGCUCAAAACAGACGGCUGCCCCAAGCUGGUCGUGAAGGACCGGGCUUUCCCUGUGAGGAGGAACGUGUAUCUGGUGGGCUUCGGGAAGGCUGUGCUGGAAAUGGCGGCUGUGGCAGAGGAGAUCCUCGGGGACCACCUAAUUCAGGGGGUUGUCAGCGUCCCCCAUGGCAUCCAGGCAUGCCUGCAGCAGGCGGGAAUGGAGGAGAUGUUUCUGAAGCCUCACAGCAGGAUACAGGUCAUAGAAGGAGCUAAGCACAACCUCCCUGACAGAGAGGCUCUGAGGGCAGCCAGCAUGAUUCGGGAGCUAGCUGAAGGACUGACAGCUGACGACCUCCUCCUUGUGCUAAUCUCAGGAGGUGGAUCGGCCCUACUACCUGCUCCUACUCCUCCGAUCCUCUUGGAAGAGAAAGAGAAAGUCACCAAGCUUCUGGCUUCCAGAGGAGCUACCAUACAGGAGCUCAACACUAUCCGGAAAGCUCUUUCUUUGUUGAAAGGUGGAGGGUUGGCUCGGGCUGCAUAUCCUGCACAGGUACUAAGCCUCAUCCUCUCUGAUGUCAUUGGCAAUCCAGUGGACAUUAUUGCAAGUGGCCCCACUGUCUACAGUUCCCCCUGUGUUCAAGGCUGCCUUCAGAUAAUGAAAAAAUACAACUUGAUGAGCACCUUGCCAAGAUCUGUGGAAACAGUGCUGUCCAGCUCCGUCUCAGAUCCCAGUGGUCCGAAAGACUAUUCCCACGUCUACAAUGUUGUCAUUGGCUCAAACAGUUUAGCUUUAGAGGAGGCCAAACACCAAGCAGAGGAUUUGGGCUACUGGACCCUGAUUUUGAGUGCGGGGGUGUGUGGGGAGGUCAGCAGAGUGGCCAAACUCUACAGCCAGCUGAUUCAGUUUGUUUGCUUGAGCACAGCUGGACUUGGAGAAGGUCCUCUAAGAGACCAGGUGAGAGGAGAUCUUCUAAAGCUGGCAGCAGAGCUAGAGAUCCCAGGUUUGAACCUUGUGGACUCUUUGAAGGCUUUGCAAGGAUUGGAGUCUGAAAGAUCGGUUUGCCUGCUGGCUGGUGGAGAGACCACAGUCCAGCUUCAAGGAAAUGGGAAGGGUGGGAGGAACCAGGAGUUGGCCUUACAGGUGGCAUUGGAGUUACACCGAGCUAAGGCCACUGGGGCUGGCUACGUCCUUGGGAAAUGUGAAGUCCUGUUCCUCAGUGGUGGGACUGAUGGACAAGAUGGGCCAACAGAGGCAGCUGGUGCCUUCUCUAGCCAGGAACUGGUGGAUAAGGCAGCUCAGGAAGGUCUCGAUGUGGAGAUGUUUCUGAGCAACAAUGACUCCUACACAUUCUUCAGUAAGUUCCGAAAUGGACAUCACCUUUUGCUGACUGGUUUAACAGGCACCAAUGUCAUGGACAUCCAGGCUAUUUUAAUUAGGGCUAGAGACAGAUAAGGAGAGCACCUCUACAAAUUACUCAGUUGUUUUUAAUUAGAGGCAUUGGUGAAAAAUGAGGGUACCAAUGUUCUGGACAAAUCCAGACUGCUUAAAUUUUAGGCACAGCUGGCGAGGGCACUAAUUUCAUGGCUGUAAAAGCUACAUUAGUGAGGCACAUGGGUGGGUUACCAUGACCAUGUUCAAUCUGUUAAUUAAGAUCAGAGUAAGGUAAAAAACAUCAGUAUUAUGAGCAUUGGGGCUGCAUUAAAACCUUCCAGCCAAAGAACCAGUAACAUACUGCAUUUUGGCUGUGGUUAGAAAGAAUUCAGGAAUGCAGGGCUGAUGACUGGCAGGCAAAUAAGGCUGGGAUUUAUAAAGGCGUCUUAGGGAGUUUGAGUUCAAGUGGGAUUGUUGGACAUCUGAAGCCCAGCCUAAAGCUCUAGGUUGCCAUUGUAACUCUUAUUCCAUACAAAGCUAACAAGGUAUAUUAGACUAGUCCAUAGGGCCCUAAAUCCAGUGCACUCCAAGUUCAGCGGAGAUGAGCACAUGGCGUCAGUUUAACCUUUGGUCUUGGAUACGUGGCAAAAACACACCCAGCUGUGGUAUUAACACCAUGUUAGGUGAAGAACAGUGUGAACCAAGAUUCAGACGCACUGGUGCAGAAACCAUCUGAACGUGAGACCUUCUCCCCAACUAUGUAACCUUCUGUGCCCUGGUGUGGUGACAUUUCCGCCCCAUGGUUGAUAUUUCAUGGGGUAGCAUGCUGCACUGUAUGUGUGUAUGCUACAAGCAUUCAGAGUAUUACUGCCAAACUGGUCAGAAAGCAAUACAGCCUCCAGCCUGAGUCAUUGACCUUUUUACUGUGUAAAGUCACUAGUCGCUGUCGUUCUGAUUAACUCCUCUAACUCCAUAGAACAAAAGGCCACAAAAUCUGUAAAUUCAACUCUCCUGACCCCUAUUGCUGCACUGAUCAAAGGGCAAAGCAGCUGGGGCCAUUGCUCUGUCAAACAGCAGAUCCCUCUAGCCUCUGGGACAAUGUGGAGCACCAGCUACUUCAGCUUUGCCAUAAAUUAAAAUCAGAUCCUGCCUUGCUGUACUCAGCUCAGUUCCCAGCGUGACACCAGGGGCCAGGUUUUUCAAGAAGCACAGCAAUCAACGUCUUCAUCUCUUAUGAAGAUCUGGCCGCUUAUUGUGGUGCCUAAGUGGGAGCUGAGCUCGCUUGAAAUUCCAGCCCCGAUUUAAAACGUUUGAUUCAAAUGGUUUGCAGACGGAUGUAGCUGUGCCGUGUGGCUGAUCUAACUUUGCAACUUAAGUAUACCAUCCUAUUAAUACCAUAAACAGUGAAAUCAUUGCACAGUCAUGCUGAGCAAGAUUCAAAGAGGGACUGGACAUUUAUAAUGAUAACAAGAAUAUCCAAGAAUAGUUAAUGCUAAUAAUAUUUUUGGAGGGCAUAUAAAACAUUAUGCUUUUUGGUUUUAAAUCAGUCCCUAUGCAGUAGAGAUUAGGAUUGGAUCUACAUGUCUACUGAGUGAUUUCUUGCGCCUUCCUCUGAGGCAUCUGGGCUCUGGUAACUAUCGGAGACAAGAUCCUGGACUAUGUGGAUCUUGAGUCUGAUCUAGUCUGGCAGAUCCUGUGUUCUGAUGUGUGAUCUUGUGAUUAAGGCAUAGAUUUGGGAACUAGAUGAGCUAGAUCCUAUCCCAGCUCUGCUAACACUCCCAUUUAUAAGCUUAGACAAGUCACUAACAUUCUGAGGCUCAAUUUCUUCUGUAACAUGGGGGUGACCAUCUUUACCUACAUCCCAGGGUUUUGUGAGGCUAAAUUUGCUAGUGGUUGCAAAGUGCUUUGAAACUCACUGCUGGAAGGUGCUAGAGACCUAGGACAUAUAAUAAACUGGAGGCAUGAAUACAACGUCAGGGUGCAGACUGUGGAGGGAAGUUUGUGUGUGUGUGUGUGUUUUUUUGAAGGUUUCUCAGUGGAGAAUGCCAUUUGAAUUUCCCUGUGUGUGUGGCACCUACCAUAGUGGGAUUCUGAUCUGAUUGGGGUCCCUGUGCAUGACUGCCAUGAAAAUAGCAUGAAUAAAUGCAAAGGGAAAAUGAA